AUGGACCAAUUCGCAAGCUUUUUAGAGCUAAACAUCAAUGAAGCAUGUUCAGAAAAUCAUUCCAAAAUCUUCAGAGAAGGUGUUUACAAGUCUUCUUUCUUAUUAACUGAUCCAGAUUGUUUUUCUGAUCCAAUUUAUAAAUGCAGAUUUCUAUAUAUUCGAAAUCUCUGUCUAAAUCGGCCAGAGCCGUUUGAAAUAUGCGAACAUCUUUCCAAGUUUGAAAGGGCCCUUAUGUUCCUGUCUUUUAAUAACAUUUCUGAUGCAUUGGAAGCUCUAGACACCAAUUUUGCAUGCGAAGUUAUAGGCGCAAAAGCCAAAACAAGAACAGGUGCUGAAAUUAAUACUUCUGUUCUUGAAUGUAGGAAUACAAUAUCGCAAACACGCUUAGAAUAUGCAGCCGAUGGAUAUACGUACGAGGAUUUUACAGUUCAGCCACUACAAUGCGUAGAGUUAAUUUACUGCUAUAUCAAAAUUGUUGACAUUCUUAGAAACGAAGACAAUGAAACAUUAAAAAAGUUUAAGCUAAAGGCAUAUUUGAAUAGAGUUUUGAUGACGGAGAAUGAGCUAAAUGCGUAUUUUCUUAGAGCUUUUCUUGUAAUGCUGGCGGAAAUUAGCAAUUCAACCGAAGAAUUAGACAAGAUCAAGAAUACAAGCGUGCAGAUCGAUGAAGCAAUGUUUGCAUAUCCAAUAACAUUCAAAUUUGAUGUGCUAAUACAGCUAGGCCUUGCAUAUAAAAACAGACGCUAUUUUAAGGAAGCCUAUGACUGUCUUCAGCCGUAUCCACUUUAUAUUGAGAAAAUUGAUUGUUUGAUAGGAUUAAGAAGGUCAGAAGAAGCUGCCGGAGAGAUUGGUCAAUUCAUUACGAUGAUUGGCAAUUCAAAUGAGCGGGAAGACAGGCUUAUGCUAUGUGAUCUCUAUAUCAAGCUUGCCCACUUGUACCAGGAUCCUGCAUAUUUUGAUCGGGCCUUUCAGGCGUUUAGAUGUCCAAAACCGCUCCAUCUUAAAGGCUUAUUUUAUUUCAAAAGAAAAGAGUACGAUGCCGCAAUUCAGGCAUUUGAAAAUGCGCUUUUAUUGACACCACAGGAUGAAAAAGUCAGGUUUUCGUAUGCCUGCGGAUUGAUUGAAGCAGACAGAAUCAGCGAAGCAAUAAAGAUACUUAAGGAGUUGAGAAGUGAGAAUCCGACAAAUGAGCAGAUUGCCAAAAAUUUAGGCUACUGCUAUUACAAGCUGAAUGACAUUGAUAACACCCUUCUUUCCCUAAAGCGUGUAGCAUUGAGCGAUGCUAACUCCAUGAAUCAAUUUUUUAUACUUUCAGUCAAAAAUGAAAAAGUCGACAAUAUCCGCUGGGCUUUGUCUAAAAUUAGUUCUGUUGACCUGCUAAAAGGCGGAGUUAACUACUUGAUGGCAAAUGGACUUAUGAGCGAGGCCGAAUUGAAGGAGAUGCUUGAAACUAACCCUUACGUCGAGUCCGUCGAUGUUUUUGGCACAUAG